AUGGCCGAUGUAGAAGCUGUUCAAGAAGAUCUCUAUGCAAUCUACGUCCAACCGGCUAUUGGAGAGUUGAUUGGGACGGGACUUUUUGUGCUAUUUGCUAAUUUGGCCAGUACACCAUCUCCUGAUAGGCCCAUCAAUUAUUCGCUGAUCUCGGGUUUGGCAUUAUUUAUUAUUCGUGGAUUUUUCGCUGACAUCACUAAUGGGCAUUUCAAUCCAGCGGUUUCGAUUUCUCAGGCCCUAGUUCGACGUUUAGAUAUUGCCAGUGCUAUAGCUUUUGUAGUUGUACAACUUGCCGGCGGUCUUUUAGGGGCCGUUAUUUUUCGUGCCCUGAUGACUGAUAUGCUCUAUAUGGAUUACAUGUACGACAUAAUUUUCAUUUCUGAUGAAGUGAAGACUAUAACAAGGUCGCAGGUGACAGUAUCAUACUUCUCAAUUUCCCUGAUUGGGCAGUCAGGGAAUUUUGCUCAGACAUUAGCCAAUGCAGUUGUUUACUAUGUUUCCUCUGGGGAUCCAACUGCAGUUGGAUAUCUCUACCUCCACAUCUCGGCCGCUCUCAUAGCCAUAGUGCUGACGUCUGCGACUUGGUGGUGA